CUCACACAGUCUCUAGUCCAUAUCGGCGAAUGCUGCCUUGCUGAGGCUGAUGCAGGGACGAAUGGACCGAAGGGAGCGGAUGGAGUCUUUCCAUCACGUUCAUGCCCGCCCCAGCAUGUCUAUGCCUAAGCACAUGCCCAUGUCCAUGCCACUGGGCACCCCAAGGCGCGAAAGACGCACCAGGGACCCAGAAACGCCAGAAGAAGAAGAAGACUCUUCGCCCUUUCCUGAUGUUGAUUGGCCACCCGAAGACGAUCUAUCCUCUGCCCCGUCGCCUCAUGGGAGACACCAGGACUCAGACGACUUCUCCGACCAUACAAGACCUUAUCCUCGCCAUACAAGGGCCCCAAGCGUUGAGGAAUUAUCGUCCACUGCGCGCUCUUCGUCAUCUUUCAUUGACAUAGGUCGCCCUACCCGGCCCCGAGUAUCUCACAGUGCUGGCAUGCACCUUCGUGACGACGACACUUUUCCUCCAGAAGCAAGACUCCGUCGGCCAUCCGUUCUCUACGACGAAGACGCAGAAGAGAUCUUUGUACCCCGUUCUAUCAUGGACAACAGAUCGCGGCCGGCGAGCCGUGCCUAUGAUUCCCGCUCACGGUCCAGAAGUCGCUACGACGCACCGCGUAAUAGAAGUCCAUCAACAAAUCGACAGCGUUCUAUGCCAGACUCGAAAUGGUCUCCAAGGUCGUCAUCCGAUAGAGAAACUCAGCUCACUGAUCAUUCUGGUGGUGACGAAAAGCUCGUUCACUAUGGCAUCCCUCAUGCGCCGCCUGCUCCGCCCUCAGUUCACGAGCGUCCGAGCCGCAAGCUACCUACGCCGGAGGUAGGGGAAUCAAGGCCCUACGGGUAUGCGCCCGCAAGCCGCCCUCGUUCACCGUCCCGCGUUCGUGCGCCAUCGAGAUCUCGCGCACAAUCCAGACCUCGUGAUCAGUCUAGACCUGCUUCACCUUCUCGCCGCCGUUCACCCUCAAGGCAUGGCUCGCCAUCUCGGGCUCAAUCUCGGUCCAGGCCGUCUUCUCCAUCACGAGGUGCUUCGCGGGCUCCUUCGCGGGCUCCUUCCAUGAGGCGGGCGCUUAUCAGAACCUCAGGAGCCCUUGAUCACCAAGCUUUGGAUGAUGAAGAAUCCGAUGCGGAAGAUGUCUAUGUACAGGACUUUUCGGAUGACCUACGGUCCCACCCUAGGCUUCAGAGGCCUUCAAGGCAAGACUAUGAGUCUGACGAGUUUUUCCCCGGCCCUUCAUCUUCGAGGAAUCAAUAUUACCCCAGUGAAGCAUAUCCCAACCCGGGACUCAAACGCGCUAACACGUAUCAUGACGUUCCGAGAGGUUCGUCGAAAUCAUACGCUCGAGAGAGCUUUGGCAAAGCUGGUUCCUGCAAACAAUGCGGUGGCCAAUCAGGAGAAGUAGCUCACAAGCUGCCGGACUGCGAUCAUCGUUGGUGCAGUCUGUGCCUCGAACAAGGCUUCUUGUCAUUCAUGGAUGAUCAUGUAGGGAAACCUCCAAUGUGCUGCAAGCGUUAUAUCUCGCCUCAGCUCGUGGACGAUCUGUUUGAUCCCAUCUUCAAGAAGGACUGGGACAGAAAGUUUGUUCAUUCCUCAAUCUUUGCGAGUGGGCGUCCUCGUAGCUUGGUCUGUCCGGAACCGAAGUGCGGUACACCUAUCGGAGACCAGGAUAUACACCUCGAUCGAGAUGGGAGGGAGUUUGGUGAAUGUCGCUACUGCCGUACAGAGCCAAUGCAAUACGCGUUGCUGCACGCUGACCCUCGAUCGAAUCCGUUUACCUAUGCAAUGCAGCUGGAGUCUGACGCACAGUCUCCGCGAACGUACCGUUCAAAUGGCGGGCAUUCACGGCCCGUGGCUGCGGUGCACAGUCGACCCCAAAGCUACGAAGAAAGACCGGUGAUGGAUCGUCUGCGAGAAAAACGUAGCGAUGAUCCUCUCAGCCGUAGGUUCCAUGUUCCCGGGGAAUUCGAAGAGUAUGACGAGCGAGAAGUGGACGACGACUAUCGCAGAGGAAGGGAUGACAGAGAUCGUCCUUUGAAACCCGUAAACUAUGUCCGUCGACCUGACAUGGCUGUGCCGCCGCCUCUAGUUCACCGACAUACGGCGCCGCCGCCUGCCCACUCGGUGUUUGAAAGACCAACAACUAACGCCUGGACGGACGCUAUCAUCCCACAUGACUCUGACAGACGGCGUUCCCCUUCACCGGAAAGGUUGCGACCUCGAAUGUCACGCCAUGCAUCACUUGAAAAGGAGAGGCUCCGGGCUCCGUCACUUCCUAGGCAUGCCUAUCCAUCCGAUAGGUGGGCAGAUGUACCUCCCGAGCUUGGAGGUCAGUUCCGGCCCCGAUCAUUGGAGAGGCAGCGAACUUCAUCACGACACCGAGAUGCUUCUCCCGACAUGCGCCACGCCCCUUCGUUUGAGAGAGACGCGAUCCGCUCGGCCAGCAGGCGUAGAACGAUGACACCGUCGCUCGAAAAGCGGAAGCUUGCAAGCAGAUUUGAUGCAGACACUAGACAAGGCCCCGGCUACUCUACCAUGGCGGCUCCUCCUAUGAUGGCUGCACCACCCCCUUCCCACGCUGCUACUGCCCCGAUUUCGUCUCGGUUUCCCGUCAGCGCGGCUCCACCGCCACCACCACCACCCCCUGGAAUGAAGAGACACCUGACAGAAGAUGACUUCUAUACAACAAGUAGGAGCACUAGAUCGUCGGACCGCGACAGGAUGGCAACGCCUGCAAGACACCACUCGUACCACGAAUCACCACAACAACCUCGGUACCCGGCGUAUUACGAGGGCGGAAUUCCGGCACGUACUCCAAGCGGGAGACGCCGGUCCGGCCAGGCGACGAAAGAACACGUCAAAGAUGACCUCCCGCCGUCGGUCCUUGCUGGGCUAGGGGGUCCCAGCAAAGGUAUGGAACGAGUGCAGGAAUGGAACAAGGAUGCCGGAGAGCGGAUUAGGCACGUCAGGGCUCCUUAUACAGGACGGAGUCGCGAUGUCCGCGACAGGGAUUGGGAGUAGGAUGCCGUGGUAGUUAUCAUGUCUUUACUUUACGACGUUAUGAGAUGACAUUUUUUGGACAUUGGAUAUUUGACGAGACGAGAUGAGCAGUUGGUUUGCGAGGCAAAAAGGUGAUGAGAAUUGAUUGGCCAUCCAACUAUUUUUGAAUUUAGGGAGCAUAACGUUCGUGGCGGAUGGUUCGAAUUGAUCUGGUUCUUAGGUAUGUUCUGAACAGUCAUGUCCACGUGUAGGUACCUCUACCUAUGACAACAGGACACUCAUCUGGAA